UCCGAUUUUGAUCACAAAUCGGUCAGCAUCGAGACCAACGGUAUAGGUAAAAAUUUCGAAAUGCGAGCAUUUGCCACACCUGAGCAAGUUGACAAGAUACAGUUCGCCUUGGAAGUGGGCAAAGCAGUAAUUGAAUAUUAUAUCAAUUACUUCCAAAUUGAAUAUCCGCUACCUAAACUAGACAUGGCUGCCAUACCUGAUUUUGUAUCUGGUGCUAUGGAACAUUGGGGCUUGGUUACGUAUCGUGAAACAGCUCUACUUUACGAUGAAAUAGUCAGUUCUACAGAGAAUAAGCAAAGAAUUGCAAGCGUUAUAGCUCAUGAGUUCGCUCAUAUGUGGUUCGGAAAUCUAGUUACUAUGAUGUGGUGGAAUGAUUUGUGGCUGAAUGAAGGUUUUGCUAAAUAUAUUGAAAACAAAGGUGUGGAAGCUAAAUUUCCUGAAUGGGGCAUGCAAGAUCAAUUUGUGACGAAAACCCUGCAUGAGGCUUUAAGUUUAGAUGGAACCUUGGCCGCCCAUCCCAUUAUACAGACGGUCACGAACCCCGACCAAAUUACGGAAAUUUUCGAUACCAUCACGUAUUCGAAAGGAGCCUCAAUCAUCAGAAUGUUAGAAGAUUUUUUGGGUCCAGAAAAUUUCCAAAGAGCUGUUACUAAUUACUUGAAUAAAUUUAAAUAUCGCAACGCAGUGACCGAUGACUUUUUAACUGAGAUCGACAAUUUGAACCUUGGCAUCGAUGUUAAAACUAUUAUGGGUACUUGGACCGAACAAAUGGGUUUACCGGUGGUUAAUGUGGAGCAGCUAGACGCUGUUACUUGGAGGUUGACCCAAAAACGUUUCUUUUCUAAUCCCCAAGACUACGACGGUGUUUAUGAUGACUCGCCGUUCGACUACAAAUGGUCUAUUCCGAUUACCUAUAAAACAAGUGCAGAUAAUAGGGUACAGCGUGAAUGGUUCUCAUACGAUCAAAAUGAAGUUGUCAUCAGUUUACCUCAGAAAGUGGAAUGGAUCAAAUUCAAUUACGAUCAAGUUGGCUAUUAUCGCGUAAACUAUCCCGCGGAGAUGUGGCGCACCUUGGCUUCUAAACUGUCCGAAACUCCUACGACGUUCUCUGUGACAGAUCGAGCUUGCUUAUUAAACGACGCUUUCUCAUUGGCCGAUUCUACUCAACUAAAGUACGAUCUAGCUUUGGAUAUGACAAAGUAUUUAAUUGAAGAAACUGAUUUUGUGCCAUGGAGUGUGGCUGCAGGAAAACUGACUUCGCUAAGACGUGUGCUCAUGUUUACCAAUAGCAGCGAGCAGUUCAGUGACUACGCUAGAGAUUUAAUAAAACCCAUUUAUUUAACGGUGGGUUGGAAUGCUGACCCUUCAGACGAUCAUUUGAACAAUCGCUUGCGUGUAGUCGUCUUAAGUUCAGCUUGUUCGGUAGGUUUGCCUGAUUGCCUAACAGAAGCUUCGAAGCGUUUUACGAAAUGGAUAAAAAAUCCCGAUCAACUUCCUCACCCUGACAUUCGUAAUACCGUCUACUACUACGGCAUGAUGGAGACGAACAGUGAAGACUAUUGGCACCAAAUGUGGCAACUAUUUGUGGCAGAAAAAGAUGCCAACGAAAAAUCUAAUCUUAUGUACGGUUUAGCUGCAAUACAAAACCCAUCGAUUUUAUACAGGUACGUGGAAUUGGCUUGGAACGAGGACUAUGUUCGAGGGCAGGAUUACUUUACUUGCAUGCAGUACAUAGCUUCCAAUCCCGUUGGUGAGACUAUUGUCUGGGAUUAUGUGCGUGAACAUUGGCCCGAUUUAGUGAGACGUUUCGGUCUAAACGAACGUACUCUGGGUAAUAUGAUACCAUCGAUUACUGGGCGCUUUUCCACGGAAACGAAGCUUGAAGAAAUGGAGCAUUUCUUUGAAAAAUAUCCAGAGGCAGGAGCUGGAGCUGCAGCUCGUAAAAGAGCAUUAGAGAAUGUGAAAAGCAAUGUGGCUUGGUUGGAGAACAAUCUAGCAGCUGUGCAUGAUUGGCUUCAAAAUGUUAAUUCUAUUUAUUUAUAAUAAAUUUUAAUUACAAAAUAAA